GAACCACGCGCGCGCCCUAUCGCCUUUAUCCGAAAAGAUGCGUCCAAGCAAUCGUAUGCUCCAUUCGCCCGUCGAUCGCUCAACCGCUCUGUCAAACGGAGGCGUGCGUGAGAUUGCGUGCAGACGUCACAGUGACAAGUGCGCCCGCCGCUGUGCUGCAUCGUGAUCGUUUCGUGAGGCAACGUAGCACGAGGCGUGAGAAAUGGAGCUUCAGAAGACGGACAACGAUUCCAACAGUGGACUCGCAGACAACGAAUACGACCCAUUCCGGCAUCGUCGUGUGAAGAAACCAAACUCUACCAAUGGCACGAUCAUUCACAUGCUCAAAGGAUCUCUCGGAACCGGUAUCCUGGCCAUGCCUUCCGCCUUCCGUAAUGGUGGGCUCGUGUUUGGAAUUAUUGGCACUACGCUGGUGGGGAUAAUCUAUGCACACUGUGUUUAUCUACUGGUAUCGACGUCCCAAAAAUCGUGCAAACGAACGCGUGUACCCGUGCUUGGAUUCUCUGAAACUGCUCAAAGCGUAUUUCGCCAUGGCCCAAUCGCUACACAACGUUUUGCAAAUGCUGCCAAAGGCUACAUCGAUUACUCUUUGCUGAUCGUGAGCUUCUUUUCCGUUUGCGUCUACCUGCUGUUCAUUGCCACGACGCUGCGGGAUGUUGUUAACAGCGAGCUUGGCAUCGCGUGGGACACCCGGGUCUAUAUUCUGCUGACGGCGCUUCCGCUGAUCUUCGUCACGCAGGUACGCGAUCUACGAUAUCUGGUGCCAUUUUCGGCCCUGGCCAACAUGCUGAUACUGGUCACGUUCGGCAUCACGCUGUACUACAUCUUCCGGGAACCGAUAGACCUUUCCCAGCGGGAACUGUUUCCGGAAAUUACCGCACUGCCAUCGUUUUUCGGCACGGUCGUGUAUGCAGUGGAAGGGAUCGGUGUGGUGUUACCGGUUGAAAAUAAGAUGAAACACCCGCAGCACUUUCUGGCCUGCCCGGGCGUUCUGAGCAUCGUGCUGAGCUUCAUUACCGUCCUGUACAACGUGACGGGAUUUUUCGGCUACGCACGUUACGGGCCUCAAACGCGCGCUUCGGUCACCUUAAAUCUGCCCAGUGAAGAGAAGCUUGCGUUAUCCACGCAACUACUCGCGGCGCUCGCCAUCCUUUUCACCCUCGGUAUCUACUACUAUGUGCCGAUGGACAUACUGUGGCGCAAGGUGAAACAUCGCUUUCCGGUCGAACGGCACAACAUCGCCCAGAUCGGAAUACGGUUUAGCAUUCUCAUUGCUAUGACUGGGCUCGCACUAGGCGUACCGGAGCUGGAGCCCUUUAUCGGGCUAGUCGGAUCGAUCUGUUCCGCAACACUCGGUCUGCUGACACCGAUCGUGCUGGAUACGGUGUUCCGUUGGUCAACUCCUGGUGCGUUCGGUGUUUUUCGGUGGCGGCUGGUGAAGAACGUCAUACUGCUGGCGUUCGGAUUGUUCAUUCUGGUCGUUGGAACGUACUUCAGCAUCAAGGACAUAGUCGAUAUCUAUGGAUAGGAGCUAAUCUAAAAUCUAAGCCCCUGUAACAUAAUAGUCACAAAUUUACCACCAACUUGUUUUCUCAUCUGUAACAUAGCCUAGCACAGUUCUAUAUGAAUUCAUGUUUAUUUGCAGUCAUCUUCUACCAAUCGAUCUAUAGCAGUCAAUCAUCGUCAUUCCAGGUGCGUUCAAACCAUUACUGAAGCUUACAAUAAAUACAUGCAUGGAGUAAUUAAUGUUGACGGUAGCAGCCGCUUAA